GCUAACAAAGGGCGAGGCGUAGCGCCGGGGCUGGGACAGGGAGGAGGAGGAGGGACGAAGGGAGGAGGAGGAGGAGGAGGAGGAGGGGGGAGGAAGGGCAGCCGGCGGCCCCACCACCAUGCCGCGGGUCGUCCCCGACCAGCGGAGCAAGUUCGAGAACGAGGAGUUCUUCAGGAAGCUGAGCCGCGAGUGCGAGAUUAAAUACACCGGCUUCAGGGACCGGCCCCACGAGGAGAGGCAGGCCCGCUUCCAAAACGCCUGCCGGGACGGCCGCUCCGAGAUCGCUUUUGUGGCCACAGGAACCAAUCUGUCUCUCCAGUUUUUUCCGGCCAGCUGGCAGGGGGAGCAGCGACAGACACCGACCCGGGAGUAUGUCGACUUUGAAAGAGAAGGAGGCAAGGUGUACUUGAAGGCACCUAUGAUUCUGAAUGGUGUCUGUGUAAUCUGGAAAGGCUGGAUAGACUUACAGAGACUGGAUGGUAUGGGCUGCCUGGAAUUUGACGAAGAGAGAGCACAGCAGGAGGAUGCAUUGGCACAGCAAGCCUUUGAAGAAGCUCGGAGAAGAACUCGCGAAUUCGAGGAUAGAGACAGGUCUCAUCGGGAGGAAAUGGAGGUGAGGGUUUCACAGCUGCUGUCAGUAACUGGUUCUAGGAAGUAGAUCUCUAGAAGCUUGAAAUGAAGUCUCGACUGAGGCAAGAAGGCAACAAGACCCUAGUCCUGGAUCGAACCUAGGAAGUGGUGAUGAUCUCAAACUACGUUAAUCAACAGCAGCAGGCGUGCCAUGGGUCUGCACACAUUGCUUCUACUUGGCAAAGGAUUUAAUAAAAGACCAGAAACUGUGAUAACUGGGUAUACUAUGGUCUGUUUCCUGACCUGCGGCAGUCAAAAUCACCAUGAACUGCCAUGGUUUGCACUAUGUUUAUGUUACGAUACCUGCAUUUCCCAUUUUAAGCAUGUAGCCAGUGGCAAUUUGAAAUUUUGUUUUUCUAUGCAAACUUAUUUUUGUUGGCACUAUUUUAGUGAAAUGGAAACUUAUGCAGCUAUAAAAACAUUUUUUUCUCAAUGUAAUAAAAAUUGUCACUUAAAAAUAGGUCAAGAUAUUACAGAUUAAAAACUUUUUUUGUUGUUUUUUUUUUUUGUAAACUGCUGGAAGCCAAUGCAUUCCAAGCUUAAUUUUUUUAAUAUGGGCUUUUGGAAUUUUGAUCGUCUUUAUUGUGCUCCUGCUUUAUUUUAGAUAUGCAUUCUUAUCUAUCUUUCAGUUUUCUUUUUUUCUAAAUUUGUAAGACCUAAAAACUGCUGACAUUAUUUUUGCAUUAUUUCCAAGCUUAAACCCAGUGGAUCAGUGCUGUUGGAAUCAGGUUUCAACCUCCGGGUCUGUAAAUGUUACAGUUGCAGUAUUCUUUUAACUGCUAACAAUCCAUUGGUUCCACUUUUUAAAUGAUAAAAUCUUAAAAUGUAUAUUUUCAUGCAUUAAUGCAUUCUGCCCCAAUAUCUGUCUUAGAUUUUAUUCUCUAUUAAGUGAGUUUGGGCGGUUAUUAUACCCCUGUAUAUAGUACCUUACUGAAACUCAUAGGAAGUCGCAGGCUGGCUUCUGUUUUAUUCAGGGAUUUUUUUAAAUAGUUCUUAAAAAAAGGGAUACUGCAACUCUACAAUCAGAUUCAACAGCGUGUUAAACUGGGAAUAAAAGUGAUCAGCUGCCAAGGUGAUAUGUAUUAAAUCAUGUUUAAGAUAGCUGCUUUAAGUAUAUUUUAUAUCUUAUGCUUUUUGUAAAGUUGUGCUGAAUGGUGAAGAGAUGAGGUGGUGCGCAGCAAAUCUCAUACUGUGCAUAGGACACUUCUAUCAAAUCUUAUGCAAAUUAAGACUACAUUGCAGUAAAUAUUGCAUUUUCUAACAGGGUAAGAUUUGGGGUGAGUUAAUUUGUGUGAAUUGUUUUUGUUUUGUUUGGGGUGGUGGCAAAUGGAUUUGUUCCCAAUUUUUCAUCGUAUCCAAUAUUUGACGAAAACUGAUUGGAAAUGUGAUGUCAUCUGGCGUUGUCAAAAUGUGGUGCUUCCUGUACAGCCUGAUUAAUUAAAAUGUCAUGUGGAUACCUUUUUAAAAUAAGUGACUUAAUCUCAGUGUUUUAAAAAAUGAUUUUGAAGGUCAAAACUCUGUAUGAUAAGAACGCUUUAAAUCUUUAUGAAAUUCUAUAAUAUAACUACAUUCCUCAUUAAUGGCAAAAGAAUCAAUGUAAAAAGAGGUCUUGCAAAAAUGUAAGCAGAUCUCUGUGUGAAGGAGAAUCUUUGUAUGUUAAUGAUAUGAAUAUUUAACACUCACUUAAUCAUGUCAGUAACUGUAAACUGUGAGAAUGUCAUCAAAUAGAAAUAUUUUGAUACUUCAAUUUAAAUGUGAUUCACCUAAAAAAUAACCUUUUUCACUCCGUGGCCACGUAUUCUUCUUUCUCUCCUGCCCCCAAAGAAAUAAUUUUUCUAAAGUUUCUGCAAUGAGUUAUUUUAAGGGACACACGCAUCCGCACGCAUCCCUAGCCUUGGAUCUUCUCUGCCAUCUGUGUAUUUUUGAUGGAAUAGUCUGAAGACUUACUUUAAAAGGUUUUCCUAACGGUUCAGUGGUUUUAAACCAUAAGUACACAGGAAAUUAUGCUAUCAGAUAUUAACGUCGCUAUCUUUGUGUAAAUACUGAACUUUUCCCUAUCAUCAUUUAGCAUUCUGCUGCUUACGAUAUCUUAAUGCUGGCAUUAAGAUCACAAGCCCUUACCCUCUGCUGGUUAGUGCAGACUUUUUAAAGUGCAUUUUAAGUUAUUGAUGCAAUUUGAUAUUUUUCAUAAUUUCUAUUUAAACUGAAGUUGCAUCAUCUUUCUCGAAUUCAUCUCCUGUAAGAGUUGCCUUAAGCUACAGGAUUGCUUUUGCUACUUUUUGUGUUGUAUGUUUAACUUUCAUAAUAAACUUCUGUGUAGUGAAAACAA